GAGUCAGUUAAAACAACAUGGCGAUGAGAGCAAGAACUUUGCCUCGUCUGUUCGGGUGACAAGAAUUCGUAACCUUAUGAUUCAUCAAACAAUGAAUUAUUUCUAAAGUUCUGGAGUUAAAACAACAGGAUAGCCUGAACCUUCAACCAUGUCAACUGGACUUGUCAUGAACCAGUUCAUAUCUGGAUUGAGGAAUCGAAAUGAAGAGGUCCGCAUCAAGACUGCCAAUGACCUCCACCAUUUUGUCAGCACCGAGCUGCGUGAGAUGCCGGUAGAGGAGCACACAACCUUCAUGGAUGAGUUCAACCAUCAUAUCUUCGAGAUGGUGUCUAGCACAGAUCUGAAUGAGAGGAAGGGUGGAAUCUUAGCUAUAGUGAGCCUGAUUGGCGUGGAUGUUGGUAAUACAUCAACAAGAAUGAGUAGAUUUGCAAACUAUCUGCGCAAUUUGCUGCCAUCAAAUGAUGUUGUCGUGAUGGAAAUGGCAGCCAAGGCUGUUGGUAUUCUGGCACUUGCAUCUGGCACAUACGCUGCAGAGUACGUUGAGUUUGAGGUGAAGCGAGCACUAGAAUGGCUGACAGGAGACAGGAUUGAAGGGAGGAGGCAAGCUGCGGUCCUUGUGCUGAAAGAGCUUGCUGAUAACACACCCACAUUUUUCUUCCAACAAGUUCAACAGUUUUUUGACUCAGUUUUCAAUGCUAUCAGAGAUGUGAAGCCAUCAAUACGAGAGGGUGCUGUGGCAGCACUGAGAGCAGCCUUGACCGUGACCUCUCAGAGGGAGACCAAGGAUUCUCAGAGGUCACAGUGGUACAGGCAAUGCUUUGACGAGACCCAGAAGCCAUUUGACGAGACCCAGAUGCGGGAGAAGAAGAUGACCCGGGAGGACUGGACGCACGGCUCGCUGCUGAUCAUCAAUGAACUUCUCAGAUGCAGCAAUGUGGAGGGAGAGAGACAGAGAAUGGAGAUGGAAGAAAUCACGGAUCAGCAGAACCUCCAUGACAAGACAGUAAAGGAGCUGUCUUCAAAGUCCAAACCCCAAGGCAGCAUCUCCGCACUUCAGCAGCUGCAGCAGAAGAUGUCGCCCCUGAUGAUAUUUGGUCUUGGAGGUCGUCCAGCUCAGCAGAAGCCGACAUUCUUCGAGAGUCAUACAUGCAAGGAUCUGAUGUCUGCAAACUUUGAUAAUGUAUGUCACCUGAUAUUGAAGCACCGGACGAGUCGCAGUGUCUAUGUACAGCAGUCUCUUCUCAUGGUCCUGCCACGAUUGGCAGCAUUCAACUCACAAUUCUUCUCUAAAACAUAUUUACAAGACACCAUCAACUUCCUGCUGGGGACGUUGAAACGUGAGCGGGACCGCACGCAAGCCUUCCAGGCUGUUGGGCUUCUUGCUAUCUCGGUGCAGGGGGAGAUCAGCCAACACCUGUCUCGCAUCAUGGAGGUCAUCAGAGCGUCUCUCCCACCAAAAGAUUACUCCGCAAAGAAGCAUCGGAAUUUCGUGGUGGACCCUGCUGUGUUCACCUGUAUCAGCAUGCUGGCCAAGGCCAUGGGCCCCCAGAUGACCCGAGACAUCCGAGAACUCCUUGACUCCAUGCUGGCCACAGGCUUGAGCCCUGCUCUGACUGCUGCACUGAGGGACCUUGCCACACAGAUCCCACAGCUCAAGAAAGACAUUCAAGAUGGCCUCCUCAAAAACCUCUCUCUUAUCUUGAUGGGACGGCCCCUCAAACACCCUGGAGCACCAAAGAGUCCUUCGUCUGCUCUUCCUCCAUCAGCCUCAGUGGCCAACUUGCCCGAGUCCCAUGAUGCUACAAGCAUCACCUUGGCACUGCGGACACUUGGGAGCUUUGACUUUGAAGGUCAUUCCCUGACUCAGUUUGUGCAGCACUGUGCUGACCACUACCUCAACAGCGAACACAAGGAGAUCCGCAUGGAGGCGGUGCAGACAUGUGCCCGGCUACUGUCACCUCUACUCACGCUUCUAGCCUCCAGUCAGGGUCAGAUCAGCAUGUCGGCCAUGACAACGGUAGCCUAUGUCCUCAACAAGCUCCUGGUGGUGGGCAUCACAGACUCAGAUGCAGAUAUCCGGUACUGUGUUCUGGCUGCCCUGGAUGAGAGGUUCGACCCCCAUCUGGCACAGGCAGAGAACCUCAGUGCUCUCUUUGUGGCUCUCAACGAUGAAGCCUAUGAGAUCCGCGAGCUGGCUAUUUGUAUGAUAGGCCGACUGAGCAGCAAGAAUCCAGCAUAUGUGAUGCCAUCACUCAGGAAAGUCUUGAUUCAGAUAUUGACUGAGCUGGAACACAGUGGUAUUGGUCGAAACAAGGAGCAGGCGGCACGGAUGCUCGGCCAUCUUGUUUCUAAUGCAGCCCGACUCAUCAGGCCCUACAUGGAACCCAUCCUGAAGGUACUCAUCCCUAAACUGAAAGAACUCGACCCGAACCCAAGUGUGACCAUCAGCGUGCUGGCUGCCAUCGGAGAACAGGCCCAGGUGAGUGGCACAGAGAUGAAGAAGUGGAUGGACGAGCUGCUCCCCAUCAUCCUGGACAUGCUGCAGGAUUCAUCAUCGCUGCAGAAGAGAGAGGUGGCGCUGUGGACGCUGGGUCAGAUAGUUGAGAGCACAGGGUCGGUGGUGGAACCUUACAAGAAAUACCCAACUCUCCUGGAGGUUCUCCUUAACUUCCUGAAGACAGAACAGGCCCCCGGCAUCCGGAGGGAGGUGAUUCGAGUCCUGGGACUGCUUGGAGCUCUGGACCCCCACAAGCACAAGCUGAACCUGGGCCUCAUCUCGGAGAGCGAGGCUGCGGUCAGCAAGUCUGACCAUACCAAAGCUGAGAAGGAUGCCAGUAACACAGAAUUGAACACCAGUGAAAUGCUGGCAAACAUGAGCGCCACCACAACCCUGGAGGAGUUCUAUCCAGCCAUUGCCAUAGCAACACUGAUGAAGAUCAUCCGUGACCCGUCCCUGUCCCAGCACCACACAAUGGUGGUCCAGGCUAUCACCUUCAUCUUCAAGAGUCUGGGCAUCAAGUGCGUCCCGUACAUUCAGCAGGUCAUACCUGCAUACCUCACCGUCAUCAGAUCUGCAGAUCCAAACUUUAGGGAGUUCCUGUUCCAACAACUGGGAGUCAUCAUUGCUAUCGUCAAGCAGCACAUCAAGAACUACCUGGAGGACAUCUUCUGUCUCAUCAAGGAGUUCUGGACCCCCAACAGCCCCAUGCAGAGCACAAUCAUCCUGCUGAUUGAGCAGAUCGUCAAUGCCCUGGGCACCGAGUUCAAGGUGUACCUGCCCCAGAUUGUGCCGCAGAUACUGCGGGUGUUCAUGCAUGACACCAGCCAGGACAGAGUCGUCACAGCCAAGCUCCUGAAUGCACUCCAACUGUUCGGUGCCAACCUGGAUGACUAUCUACACCUCCUCCUACCACCAGUUGUCAAACUGUUUGACUCUGCUGAUAUUCCUAUAGCAGUCAGAAAAAUGGCUCUGGAGACUAUUGACCGCUUGACCGAUGCCCUGGACCUGACCGACUACGCAUCGCGGAUCAUCCACCCACUGGUGCGUACGCUGGAUACCUGCACUGUAUUGCAGACCACGGUGAUGGACACGCUCUGUGCCCUGGUGUUGCAACUCGGACACAAGUUUACUAUCUUCGUCUCCAUGGUCAACAAAGUGACAGCAAAGAACAGGAUCACACAUCAGCGCUACAACAUCCUCAUGUGCAGACUACUGAAGGGCACCACCAUAGCCGAGGAGGAGGAUGACCCAGUGUUAAUCAAACACAAGAAGAACCGUCUGAAGGCGCCACAGUCUUCAGAUCAAACAACAGAAACUGCCACCAUCAAGAAAUUACAUGUCAACUUUAACCACAUGCAGAGAGCCCUGGGAGCAGGGAGGCGAGUGUCCAAGGAAGACUGGAUGGAGUGGCUGCGGAAGCUGAGUAUUGAGCUGCUGAAGGAAUCCCCCUCCCCAGCGCUGCGGUCCUGCUGGGCCUUGGCCCAGUCAUACAACCCCCUGGCCAGGGACCUGUUCAAUGCUGCCUUUGUGUCGUGCUGGACGGAGCUGACGGAGACCCAGCAGGAUGAGUUGAUCCACAGUCUGGAGCAGGCCCUGACAUCCCAGGAGAUCCCCGAGAUCACCCAGACUCUGCUCAACCUGGCAGAGUUCAUGGAGCACUGUGACAAGGGACCCCUGCCUCUUGCAAGCAACAUUCUCGGUCAGCGGGCCAUGAGGUGCCAGGCUUACGCCAAGGCACUCCACUACAAGGAAGAGGAGUUCCACCGCGGCCCGACAACCGACACUCUGGAGGCACUCAUCAGCAUCAACAACAAGCUGCAACAACCCGAGGCAGCCGCAGGCGUCCUGGACUACGCCAUGAAGCAUCAUCGAGCAGACCUGAAAAUCCAGGAAACUUGGUAUGAAAAACUUCAUGAAUGGGACAAAGCCCUUCAUGCAUAUGAACGUAAACAGGAAACCAACCCUGAUGACCUCACCUUGACCUUGGGAAGUAUGCGCUGCCUUGAAGCAUUGGGAGAAUGGGGUCAGCUGCAUGCACUGGCCUGUGACAAGUGGCCAACAGCCAGUGAUGAUGUUCGAACCAAGAUGGCAAGAAUGGCUUCAGCUGCUGCAUGGGGUCUAGGCCAGUGGGAGAGCAUGGAGGAGUACAUGUGUCUCAUCCCACGCACCAGCUAUGACGGAGCCUUCUACAGAGCCAUCUUUGCUCUUCACUCAGAGAACUUCCAGCUGGCCCAACAGUGUAUUGACAAGGCCCGGGACAUCCUGGACACAGACCUGACUGCUAUGGCGGGGGAGAGCUACAACCGAGCCUAUGGGGCAAUGGUGAAUGUCCAGAUGUUGUCGGAGCUGGAGGAGAUCAUCAAGUACAAGCUGAUCCCCGAGAGACAGGACGCCAUCAAGACCAUGUGGUGGGACAGACUCAAGGGCUGUCAGCGGGUGGUAGAGGACUGGCAGCGGAUACUUCAAGUCCGGUCGCUGGUUAUCUCCCCUACUGAUGACAUGAAGACCUGGCUCAAAUACGCCAGUCUCUGUCGCAAGAGUGAGCGGCUGGCCCUGUCUCACAAGACGCUGGUCACCCUGCUGGGGAUUGACCCUGACAAGAACAAGGACAAGCAUAUCCCCACCACCCACCCCCAGGUCACCUUCGCCUACCUCAAACACAUGUGGCAGACGGGCAGCAAUCAGAAGGAGAAUGCAUUCAGCAUGUUGCAGCACUUUGUCCGUCAGUCACUCCAGGCCAAGUCGCUCCAACUCAUGGCUCCCGAAGAUGCUCCACAAAGACUGGAGCUGAACAAGCUGUUGGCCAGAUGCUAUCGCUGUCUGGGAGGCUGGGCGGAGGAGUUGAAUGGUAUAUCGGAGGAGUCGAUUCCCCAAGUGUUGGAGUAUUACAGCCUGGCUACACAGCAUGACAAGAACUGGUACAGGGCAUGGCAUGCAUGGGCACUGAUGAACUACGAGGCGGUAUUGUUCUACAAGCAGAAGGAGCAGAGUUCCUCAAGCACCACGCCCUCUGGGGACAAGGGUGUCAUUGCCAGGCCGGUCAUGGAGCUAGUCAUCUCACCUAAACCAGAAUCAAAUUCUGCUAAGAUCCACAAAUACUGUGUGCCAGCAGUUCAAGGCUUCUUCCGAUCUAUCGCCCUUGACUCCCAGAACAGCCUCCAGGAUACUCUCAGGUUGCUGACAGUGUGGUUUGACUUCGGGCAGUGGCCUGAGGUGCACGAGGCGCUGGUGGAAGGCAUCAAGACCAUCCAGAUCGACAACUGGCUGCAGGUGAUCCCCCAACUCAUAGCCAGGAUUGACACCCCCCGGAACCUGGUCGGCAGACUCAUCCAGCAGCUGCUCAUUGACAUCGGCAAACACCAUCCACAGGCCCUGAUCUACCCCCUGACAGUGGCAGCCAAGUCAAAUGUCGUGGCCCGCCAGACGGCUGCCAACAAGAUCCUGCAGAAUAUGUGUGAGCGGAGCAACAACCUGGUGCAACAAGCCAUGCUGGUGUCUGAGGAGCUGAUCCGUGUGGCCAUCCUGUGGCAUGAGCUGUGGCAUGAGGGCCUGGAGGAGGCAUCCCGACUCUACUUCGGGGAGAGGAACGUCAAGGGCAUGUUCGCAACACUGGAGCCUUUACAUGCCAUGAUAGAACGAGGCCCACAGACCCUCAAGGAGACAUCAUUUAAUCAGGCCUAUGGCCGGGACCUGAUGGAGGCUCAGGACUGGUGUCGGAAGUAUCAGCGGUCGGGCAACGUGAAGGAUCUGACCCAGGCCUGGGACCUGUACUACCAUGUGUUCAGGAGGAUCUCCAAGCAGCUGCCACAGCUGACGUCCCUGGAGCUGCAGUACGUGUCCCCCAAACUCCUCAAGUGUGAAGACCAGGAGCUGGCCGUGCCAGGAUCCUACGAGCCCAACCAGCCUGUCGUCCGUAUCAAGCGAGUUGCCAGCUCCCUGCAGGUCAUUACCUCCAAACAGAGGCCACGCAAACUUACUAUAUAUGGUAGUGAUGGUAAAGACUACCAGUUCCUGCUGAAGGGCCACGAAGACUUGCGCCAGGACGAGAGGGUCAUGCAGCUGUUUGGCCUCGUCAACUCACUCCUCAGGAACAAUCCCGACACUUUCCGGAGAAACCUCACGAUCACACGAUUCUCAGCCAUCCCUCUCUCGACCAACUCAGGGCUGAUCGGAUGGGUGCCGCACUGUGACACACUACAUUCCCUGAUCCGAGACUACCGCGAGAAGAAGAAGAUCCUGCUCAACAUAGAACACAGGCUUAUGCUGCGGAUGGCCCCGGACUAUGACCACCUGGCCCUGAUGCAGAAGGUGGAGGUAUUCGAGCAUGCCCUGGAACACACACAGGGCGAUGACCUGGCCAAGAUACUCUGGUACAAGAGCCCCAGCUCUGAGGUAUGGUUUGAUCGUCGGACCAACUACACGCGCUCUCUGGCUGUCAUGUCUAUGGUGGGCUACGUCCUGGGACUCGGGGACAGGCACCCUUCCAAUCUGAUGUUGGAUCGUAUGAGUGGCAAAAUCAUCCACAUUGACUUUGGUGACUGCUUCGAGGUUGCCAUGGUGAGGGAGAAGUUCCCUGAGAAGAUUCCCUUCCGAUUGACGAGGAUGUUGAUGAAUGCCAUGGAGGUGACGGGUAUUGACGGCAACUAUCGCAUGACGUGUGAGAGCGUGAUGCAUGUACUGAGAGACCAUAAGGACAGUCUGAUGGCCGUACUGGAAGCCUUCGUCUACGACCCCUUGCUCAACUGGAGGCUGGUUGAUGCAACAACAAAGACAAAGACAAAAACCAACAGGUCCGAUUCCUACUCUGGAAGUCAAGAACAAGGUGACCUGUUGGAGAGUGUGGAGCUGAAUCAGUCAUCCAGCAAGAAGAUCGGACCUGAGAGUGUGUCGGGGGGAUCAGGAGAUGACAAUGUGCCAUCAGAAGUGUUGAACAAGAAGGCAAUCUCCAUUGUCAAUCGAGUUCGAGACAAACUUACAGGCCGUGACUUCAGCACAGAGGAUGCCAUUGAUGUGAGGAAGCAGGUGGAGUUGCUGAUACACCAGGCCACCUCUCACGAGAAUCUCUGUCAGUGCUACAUAGGCUGGUGUCCAUUCUGGUAAUCUGAAGGCAGCAGAACUUUGAAGAGAGAGAACACAAUGCUGGCCGUGUAUAUAAGAACUUGCUGCAUUGUGUAAUGGAUUUAAAGGUAGAUUUAGAAUGUGAUGUCCAGUGGCCAAGUACCUCCCCUUUUGAAGACUUGCAGUAUCACACUGUUUUGGGCUACAAGGGAUUCUUGGUGUAAGAUAUUUCCCACAUUUGGUUGACCAAAUUACUCAUUUUGCUAGGUCCAGCUAUGGCAUGUGUAAACAGCACAGGUGCACUGAUAGCCCAUUGCUCUGGGCAUUACACAUGUUCCUGGCACUGUGGAGUCCGACUCUGGAAAACCAGGCAGGAAUAGUUUGAUCUUCAAGUGUAUAGCAUUUUUUGCAAAUACUUAUCCUUCCUAUUGAUCACACUUACAUAUGUGCAGGCACAUGUACAAGACAAGCAGUGGAACUGUAUUGCAGACAUUACUAUUAUGGAAUCAUCAUGUGAAGCCCAAUUCUGGUGUUCCCUGCCGUGAUGUAACCCUCACUCACUCACUCACUCACUCACUAGUCAAGCUGAGAGAUGUGUUAAUAUGACUGAAUCCACUUGUAGAGUGUAGUUGACAGAUGUUUGGCAAAGGUCCAUAACAUUAUUAUAAUGAUAACUUCGUUCACUGUGUCAGUAAGACUAAACAUCAUCCAAAGAUAUGUAGAGAACUGACAGUUACGGUAGUUCAACCAUUGCUAUUGGAGAGGUAACUCCAGAAAGAACCUGCAUUUCCAGGGACAGAGCAGCAUGAAGCAGCCAGAUUCUUGGUAUGCAUCCUCUUUUUAAACAUUUGUGUGAUCACCCACUCAUCUUCAUUUGUGUCUGUACAUUGACAGGGUGGACAUUACUCUUCAGCAAGUGUAUCUUGAAGCACCAUUACUCAGUCAGAUCUUGGUUAGAGUGAUCUCCCCUUGGCACUGUAGCAUCUGCUCCUGUCAGAGAAGACUGCUCCUGUCCUAGUGGUUCGUCUGCCCAUGUCACUUUGGCAAUUAAGGGGCCAGUAUACAUUAUUUUUCAUUCUAGAGUGAACAUUUGUUUCAUAAUAAAUCAACAGCCAGGUUUUAGUCCUGGGUUCAAUCAAAUCUUGAUUAUUUGUCAGGGACCAGAUUAAUAAUUUUUACUUUUAUUUAGGAAUAUACAAAAAUGAUCAUAACAAAACUAUUUUUAGUUAAUCAUGUUCAGUGAUAAUCUGUGAAUAUUUCGUGGAGUCCCCAUGGUAAUAAGAACCCUGCUUAUGUGUUAUGUGCAGUUGGUGAAUAUCAUUACUCAAUAGAGAGUUUGUGCUGCCCAUUUAAGCCAAAGAAAGUGCCAUAACUGUGUGUGGUUAUCAAGUCAGCAAUCAUUCAGAAUUAAACAUAGGGCAUUAGGGAGAUUGAGUGGAAGUUACUGAUGUCUAAGUACUGAGUUGAAUUUCCUUCCUGAAGUUGUUACUGAUUGUUACCUUACUGAUUUCUUCUCAAUGUUGAAUGUUGUGGUCACAGCUACAGCUGUCAAAUUGUUGCAAUAAUUGUGUACAUGUGAAAGUAAUAAUCCUGCAUCAUGCAACAAUUUGUUGAAGAUGAGAAAAUGUAUUGCAAACAGGAUGAUUUGUCUUUAAACAGGGCUCGAUUUAGCUACUGGUAUAUGUAGCAUGCACCAGUGCAACCUAUUAUUGAAAAAUGAAACCUAAUAUUUUUGUCUACAUGCACGAAAUUAUAUUAACCAUGCAACAUCACUUAUCCCAAUGUGUAAUUUGUCAUGCUUUAUUGGGCUUGAUGUCAUCAAACCAUGUGCACUUCAAGAUUAUGUCCACCUCUUCCUGUUAUGUUUUGCAGCAGACCGGGUUUCAAAUGUGAUUAAGUUAUGGGACAACUAGGUUUUCAUGUCAGCCAUGCACCUGGUGCAUGUAAAUCUUGUUCUUUAAAUCGAGCCCUGCUUUAUGGUAUUCUUGAAAAAUCAAAGGUCAUUUCAUCUUAUUUAUCCCAGAAUGCUUUAACUUUGAGUCCCCACCCAAUCUUUCAGAAAUCUGAUGACCUUGACAUAAACUUGGAAGCAGAUGUGCACUAUUUUCUUAUUGAGUACAUGUAAUAAGGACAUAUGUCGAAACUGUUUUCAGGGUCACACUUAAUUGUUUUUGUACAUACAAUGAAAUUGAAUUUUGAAAAUAAUUUAAGAAUUGUUUUGUCUUUCUUUCCAAUGUGUAUUGAAGUUCUUUGAUGUGCAUGUGUUCAGGUGUGUGGUUGGUUGAUGAAAACACCUAGUGAUGAUUCAUGUGGAGGUGAACACUGAGUUCGACUUGGUCACACAUAUAUUUAUAUUAUACACACUGUGAUGUGGCUGUUUUCGAUAUUCAAAUACAGUGAAGCCUGUUACUUGAUCCUCUAAUACUUCAUGUGUUAGUUGAAAUGUCACUGGUUUCUGUUUUUGUUCCUUUAAUAAUGUUCCAAUAAUGAUUUGCACUUGUGCAGAUUGAUUUGUCUCACAACUGAAGCUUGCUUCCAUAUUGAGUCCUUAAAAGGGCAUGUGUGUGUCUCAACAACCAUUAAUAACCGUUUAUCUUGGAAAGCUUCAAACAGGUGGAUCAUCCAUUUAGAAGUUAUUCAUGUUGUCAUAAUUGUCACUGGUAAGCUGUUAUCUAUACUUUUUGAUUUGCAUAAAUUACAGGUUUCUGAUGUUCGUGAAAGGAGGUCAUGUGAGAAGAAUUAAUAUGCAGACAUUUUGAAAUAGCCGCCAUCUUAUAUCAUUCAAUUUAAUUCAUGAAAUUAAUGCGAGUAGUCCCACUUUUGAACUUCAGAAACUAAUCAGCAAAUGAUAACACCAAGGAGACUUAGGAAUUCCAUCACACAAACUGAUAGCUGCCCAAAUGUUUACUUAAUCCUGCAUUACAUUUUGCUUUUCCUUCAAAAACACAACCUGCCCUCUCUGCACCAGCCAACAUACUCUUCUUGUUGCCAAUGAAAACAGAUCAUCUGUGAAUGGCAUCCUUUGUUACCUUUCGGUUUCUGUAUUCACGUGGGUAUUCUAUUUACAUAUAUUGGUUCCUUUUCGCAGGCCUGUUGUCCUGUGGUUUUGUAGUAAUUAUCUUGUUUCCCACCAUUUUGGAACUUGCUUUUAGCUGGGGUUUCCUAGAUGACAUGCCUCGCUGUCAUGGGUGCCUGAAACCUAAGUCAGCUUACAAGAGUUCUGGCCUGGUUCUAAACCACAGUGUAUGCUGUUAUCAAGGUCAGACGUUUGUCAACCCUCGCCUAUUUCUACCUUCCGAGUGUGUCACAAGAGGUGGCUGCAUCAACAUCAAUGAUGUCGUUGCAAGAUGGCAAAUUCUUUGAGUGCAGUUAUUGUGGUCACCAGCAUGCCACUAGCUCUGUAGCAUCUCUGGGGAGUCCCAAUGUCGGCAGACUAGCAUCUCCCAGGUGACGGUUCAAUUGGACAAAGUAGCCGUGCCUCUACAGGCCAGACUACUCCUGACACUUGAGAGUGUACACAGAGUAGCCGUUCACCAGUCUGGCAGGCACCAGGUCCUUCUGAUUCACCAGAGAGAUGACAUGCGCCUGCGACUCUGCAGCAAUCGACACCUUGUCAGCACGCCAGUUCCUCAAAGCAGGAAGGCUGCUCGAAGCUCGACAGGUGUUCUUUGGCUGAUGAGGUACCCAGCACAUCUCCCUUCUCCUAUGUCUGACAGGUCGUAGGAUGUUUCUGACCCUCACUGUUCUUCUCCGGAACAGGACUGCCCUGAUUACGAUUGGUUCCCUCGGAUCAUGUACCAUUCUCAAACCACCACGCUUCAAGAAAAGAUCCCCCUCCCAUGCACCUCCUGCUGCUGAGGAUGCUUAACGGGAUCAUCAAGCUUUGCUUCUUAUCAACCAACUCGCCCCUCUGUUCAUCAGCUGGAACCUAUGGGACGAAAACAACCAAGUCCUCCACUACAGAGGCAGGUACAAGCCAGGUCGGGACACUCCUCCUGUUGCCAAGCCUCCUCUCACACAACCUGUAGAAGAACUUCUUGACGGAGUGGAUGCUACACUGGGACACUUCAAACUUCCUCUGUCAGCCGAAUAUCGAACUGUCUGCCAGAAGCAACAACCGUCAACUUCUGAUUUACAUCUCACCUGUUCCAUUGGCAUGGGCAGUAGAUAUACAGGCACACCCAUGGCCAAAUGUGUUCUCCCUGCAGGCAGCGCAGACAAUUACUCGGAAUCUCGCUGCCAUUAAUACUGUGUUGGCAGUUCCACGUGAUCAGAAAAUUUUAUCCUCGAGCCAUCUUAUCCCUCAAGGCUGGGAACUACGGUCAUUUUAACCUCUCUUUCGUUCCACUGAACUGAUGUUGGACCAUAACAUGAGUAUACCUUGCAGUAGCUGUGUAAAGAAUCUCGCCUGAUGUUACAAUACCUACCCACUGGCUUGGAUAACCAGUCAACACUAAAGCUAUGCCCUCCUCCCUAUAGCAAUAUGUAAUGCAGGAUUAAGUAAAACUUCAUCAACAUCUGAUAUCUUUUACAUCUUCAGUGGGCAGGUUCAUGUUCAGGAACAGAUUCUUUUCUCAAGGGAUGACGUUUCCAGUCAUGUUUUCGCAGGAUAUGCAUUAAUUAUAUCAUAUUCACUAACUUCAAUUGCCAAAACACUGAGUGAGGGAUAUUCACAUUGUUUGCAUUAAUUUCAUGAUUUACAGUUUUAAUUGUAUUUCACAUAGGCAUAGAUCUGUUUGCUUAUCUAACAGUAACUGCUUUAGUUACCAUCCACUCUCGAAGACAAUAUAUGUAGUAGGCUGCUGUUAAUGUAACAGUCCAAGACUGUAACCCUUGUUGACAGGAAAAUAAAACAUUCAACCUUGA